AUGUCUUUAUUGAAGUUGUGUAUUACAUGGCUAACAUUUAUUAUACUUUGGUGUGUAGUGUUAUCUUUGGCCACAGAAAGUAGAACAAAGACUUUGUCUAGAAAAAAGCGAUAUGUGACAUUCCCUGAGGGUUCAAGUUUCUCUACUGCUAUAUGUAUGACUGUGGGUCUCAUUGGUCAACCAGCUCCUCGAAACUUUCCGGGAACCUUCGUUUUUGCCCUGAACUGGGGAGUGGCGUAUGACCUUCCAAAUGCGACAGAUACUAUCAUGUAUUACCAUAAUAAAUAUAGACUGAAGAAACCGGUAGCCAAAAGGAGAAAUCGCAGAGAAUUGUAUCGUAAAAUUGAAACUAUAUUGGAUAACAUGGGCUACAAUGGCAGGGAAUGUAUUUUGAAGACACUCUGUGAAACCACUCAACGCAUUGUUCCUCAUGGGGAUAAUAUGAUGGAGGAAAUGUUCAGGACUUUAUUCACGUUACCCAUGAGUAAAAUACUAACAGAAGAGCCUGUAGAACACUCAAUAUACGAUGCUGCUCAUCGCUUAGGCGUCCUGUUGGAGAGCUGCGACGCUUUCAAAUGUCCGCUUUCAUUGGUUGACUGGGCUCAAGGAUACUAUAACGCGCAGGCCCCAAUGUCGUACCCUGGGCGACACCCGUUGUCAAUGUUUAGCAGUAACUUUUUUUGAGUUUAUAUAU